GGAGUGGGCGGAUAUUUACCACAAACACUGUGCAUACAUAAAAACAGAAAUGUUUCAAAAGAGAAUUUAGGCGACUGCGCGGUAGAAAGUCCACUGAAAGCGAGAGUUGAAACGAAGUGAAGAGUCGAGUGGAAUCGGGAGUCGAAACGUGAAGGUUGGACAACAUGAGAUUCCAAUGAUGGGGCACAGUUGUGCGCAGGACUCACAGCGAGACACACGGUGUUGCUGGCCCAUUGGGAAGUAAAGAUUACUACGUAAAAAUUCAUUCAAUUCCACAUUAAUUGUUAAACUUGAGAAAAAAUAAUGUUGAAAUUGCCUGGAAAUAAGAUGAGCAAUGGAAUUGAGUGCAAUAUCAUUUGUUAUAUGGUACUUGCUUUCCUGGUGGCCACCGCUCAAGGACUACAGCUGAGCGCGUUUACAACGAAAAGUCCGAGGGUAUCCAAAUACACAACGAAAUCGCCAUCAGCUUCGUCGCAGAAUCACGAUGCGAUCACAUCGCUUUAUCGCUUAAAUGCCACCAACGGUGUCACCUGCAUUCUGAUGCAGGUGGAUGGCCUGAUUAGUGUUCGGUAUCGCAACAAGCUGAAUGAAGAUGUCGAAGCGGAUCUCUAUAUGCCAGACCAUCCCGUACUUAGCGGUGAAUGCGUCGAGUCUAAUUUGGAGAUAAUGACCAUGGAAUUCAAGGGUUUCACGCUAACCAUGACAUUCAAAAAGUCAUCGGGCGGUGAAGGCUGGUACAUCAAUCUCUUUGAACUAAGCUAUUCCUCAUCGAAUCCCCUCUUCGAACAUCCCGAUCGACCCAAUUUGAAUGUGAGACUAACCUCGCCGGCCCACACGCCCAUGUAUUUCCCUACGCCCGUGGGCAAGUCCUAUGUCUGCGACAAGGAGCAAACUGUCAUUCUGUAUGCUCCUCAUGAUUCUGGCGAUCAAUCGGGACAUAUUGCACGGAUUUAUUUGCGUGACUUGCACAUGCAGAGCUUCAUGUUCAAAGAUAGCGGCAAAUGGGGACCCUCUUUCCAUUGUAGUGCCACCGGAUCCUAUCGCGAUGAGACGGCACCUCUCGCCGUCGGCACAGCACUGGCCAUUGCGGUGCUCCUAACCAUUUCCGGUUACGGCGGUUGGCGAUACUUCAAAAUCAAGAAGGUUCAAUACGGUUCAAUGGAAUAAAAUGGAAUUUAGAUGGAGUGAAUUGAAAAGUUUUGUGCCGCAUUUUUGUUCAAUUAAUUGAUUCAUAUCUUUGUACCGUUAUUUGUUACAUAUCAGUAUUUACAUAUUUAAAACACAGAAAAGCAACCAACAAA